GGAAACAGCGCGGGGCCAGGCAUGGCGGCGGCGCCGGCGGCGGCGGCGGCAGAGGGUGUCCCCGCGACCCCAAGAGAGGAGCCGGUUCGAGACGAUGCCGCCGUGGAGACAGCUGAGGAAGCAAAGGAGCCGGCUGAGGCUGACAUCACUGAGCUUUGCCGGGACAUGUUCUCCAAAAUGGCAACUUACCUGACUGGGGAACUGACGGCCACCAGUGAAGACUAUAAGCUCCUGGAAAAUAUGAAUAAACUAACCAGCCUGAAGUAUCUUGAAAUGAGAGAUAUUGCUAUAAACAUUAGUAGAAACUUAAAGGACUUAAACCAGAAAUAUGCUGGACUGCAGCCUUAUCUGGAUCAGAUCAAUGUAAUUGAAGAGCAAGUGGCGGCUCUUGAGCAGGCAGCCUACAAGUUGGAUGCAUAUUCCAAAAAACUGGAAGCCAAGUACAAGAAGCUGGAGAAGCGAUGAAAAACUUACUCCUGUGGAUCAAAGUCUUUUUUAACAUGGAAGAAUGUUUAUAAGACCUGAAUCCUGAGGCUGAUGAAUUGUCAAAACUCCUCAAAAGGAAACUGUGCUGGUCGUCCCAGAAAUGUACCAACAUUGGAGUAAACUGGAGGACUAUGGCUACCCCUGAACUUCUUUUGAGGCAGUAUCCCUCAGAAACUCACACUUAUAACUUCUUACCUUUUACUUGAAUGUUUCAUCAUCCACUCAGGACAGAGAGUCUCUCAAAGUUCAGGAUAAGCCUGGGCUUGCCAGUGGAAUCAAAUGAGAGGAACCAUUCUUCUCUCAUAGUGGUUGAUUACUCCAUUAUUUUCUUAAUGGCUGGUUUUUUGAGUUUCUGUGUCAACAAUGUUUUUUUCUAUUAAUGAUGCUGAUGUAUUGCUAAUAAGAUCCUAAAUUAAAAAAAGAAAAAAACUUGUUCUUAACAGAUUA